UUCUCACAUCCCGCGCUCCGUAAAUUUCUGCUUUCACAGCAGAAAUCACUUUUUUCAGUAUCAGUUACGGUUCCGUGAAAUGGGGUGAGCUAAUCUAGUCUCUGGCAAAAGGACAGCGAGGGCUCAGAACGCUGGUGAGACAGAUGAGUCACAUCUGGAGGGAAGAAGGAGGGGAAAAAAAGGUGGGAGAGGAGAAAAGUGGGAUUGUUGGUGAGGGUGAGUCUCAGUCCUCAGAGCUUUUACAACAUGGACCAUGAACACCAGGAAUGAGACUGACCACAACCACCACCCUCUUUCUCUGAUGUCGCUGGAAGCAAACAUGAAAUAUGGCUCUUCUGAGAAAAAUUAACCAGGUGCUCCUGGUGCUGCUGGUGCUGAUGGUGUGUCUCCUCCUGCACAGUGCACUGCUCAGAGCCUCCACUCGGCCCAAACUCUCAGAUCACCGGAAGAGCCUCGGAAGAGCAGCUCGAGUUCCUGCAGUGAGAGUGUCAGAGGCGGAUAAUGUAAUCCCUGUCAUCAUCUGUGCAUCGGAGGAGCGUAUGGGUGCAACCAUGGCAACCAUCAACAGCGUCUAUAGCAACACAGACGCCAUUGUGUUUUUCUAUAUUGUUACUCUUCGUGAUGCCGUGAAACUGACGAGACAGUACAUAGAGAAGACUAAACUGAAAGGCAUCAAAUAUAAGAUAUUGGAAUUUAAUCCCAUGGUUCUAAGAGGAAAGGUGAAGCCAGAUUCCUCUCGACCUGAUCUCUUACAUCCACUCAACUUUGUGCGCUUUUACUUACCUCUGCUCGACGUCAACCACAAGAGGGUGAUAUACUUAGAUGAUGAUGUCAUUGUGCAGGGUGACAUCAAGGAUCUGUUUAAUAUCAAACUGAAAACAGGCCAUGCUGCUGCUUUCGCCACUGACUGCGACCUGCCCUCCACACAUGAGAUGGUGCGCAGCAUCGGCAUGCAGACAACCUACAUGGGCUUCCUGGACUUUAGGAAACAGGAAGUUAAAGAUCUGGGCAUCCACCCCAGAGACUGCUCUUUCAACCCUGGAGUGUUUGUGGCAGAUAUCAGCGAAUGGAAGAAACAGAAGAUCACCAAACAGCUGGAGAAAUGGAUGGAGGAGAAUUUCAGACAGAACAUAUACAGCAGUGCCAUGGCGGGCGGUGUGGCAACUCCACCCAUGCUAAUAGUGUUUCAUGACAAAUACACAACAUUGGACCCACUGUGGCACGUCAGACACCUGGGCUGGAGUCCUGAUGCCCGCUAUUCCGAGAGCUUCCUACAGGAGGCGCGCCUGCUGCACUGGAACGGCCCGUUUAAACCGUGGAAUUACCCUGCUGUUCACUUGGAUCUGUGGGAGAGGUGGUUUAUCCCAGACCCCUCUGGAAGGUUCUCCUUGGUACGACCUGAGAGCUACAGCUGAGGUCUGUGGAACAUACCAUGUCUGAGCCACAGGGGGACAUGAAGCGUGUGAAGUUUAGGACUUACUUGAACAUUGGUGGAAGGUGUAAAAGGAAACGUAUAGUAAAUUUAAUACUGAGGAAUGUUCUUGAAAAUUAAACAUUGUUGGUAGAACACUGUGUGAGAAACAGUGUUGGCAGAGUGGGUGCUCUACAGUAUAUAUGCUAAAUACACAAAAUGUGAAUCUGUUGUCAACAGCAAUGUAAAGAUAUUACUAUUCCUAUUACUUGUAGGAAUGUGUUCAAAGUGAACGUGAGAAACUCAGAACAGAGACAUGACUUUUUUUGUGUCUUUGUAAAUUGUGAGAAAAAUGUGUUUGCUAGCCUGAAACAAAUUUUCAGAGCUCCAACGUUUACAUUGUCUCAUCUUUGCUGGUACUUACUGGUACUGCUUCAAAUAUGCCAUUGGCAUCUUGAAGUAAACAGAAUACCUGACAGUGUUGUGUUACCAAGUAUGUAUUACUGAUAGUUACUAUAAUGAUCAUUAAAAGUGUGUGAUAACUGCAAAAACUAAAUAAACAAAAAAAGUCAUAUUCUGA